AUGGCGUUGAUACUACUUUUUGGAUCUUACGCAUCAGAAUUACAAACAAGGGUGGCAUUUUUCAACUGGCUAGUUACAUCUAGGAAAGUUGCGACUUUGGAGGAGGAUUUACACGUAUUUAAAACAAAGAAUAAGAUAUCUACAACCGCUGAUAUCACUUUGGAUUAUAUAAAGGCAUGCAGCGUCUUGGCAAAUAAAUUAUCUGAGAUUGUAGAGGAAAAGACUCCAGAGUUGGUUGGACACUUCUCUUUCUUGCGUGAGACUAUGCAGGGCUGUAUCUCUCACAUUACAAACAGUACAAACCUUUAUUCUGUUCCACAGGUUGGAUUUUCUGGAAAGCUUGAUAAUGAAAUGGAUGUAAUAAAUGCCUAUGUGACUAGGGGUCGAGCAAGUUCAUUUGGUAGCCUUUCCUCAUUAUUAAGCAAACCAUUUGGAAGGGUAAAAACAGUUCGUUCAAGGAGUUUUAAUGCUGGUUUCAAGGAAUUUAUGUCAAUUUUGCCUUCCAAUGUGCAUCUAGAGGAGAAGAUUGAUUUGGAUAACUUAAGGGAUGAUUGGAACUUUCCAAUGAUAUCAUAUUUCAAUAACACUAAUCAGGCUUUCUUAUCCGUGGGAUAUGCUCUUCUAUCAGGGUUUAGAGAGCAUUAUAAUCUGCCUGAAGAGAAACUGCUCAAGUUUUUAUCCUUGGUUGAUGGAUUGUAUAGCAAAUCGACAGCAUAUCAUAAUUCAAUGCAUGCUGCUUUUGUAGCACACAAAAUUUACUGUUUAGCAAACUAUAUUGGUAUAUACGACGUAAUGUCAGUCUUGGAUCGCUCUAUAAUAAUAGUAGCGGCGCUAUGUCAUGAUAUAGGUCACCCUGGUCGUAACAAUACUUUUUUCAUAAAUUCUCAACAUCCGGUGGCUCAACUGUUUAAUGAUAGGGCUGUAUUGGAAAACUUUCAUUCAUGUUGUACUUUCAACAUAUUGGAGAUACCAGAAUGUAACAUAUUUGCAGACUUUUCCGCAGAUGAGUAUAAAGUAAUUCGUAGAAAGUUGAUCGAGCUUAUUCUAGCAACGGAUAUGGAGGAUCACUUUGAAAUAGUUUCUAAAUUUAGUUUGAGAAAAAAUUCCCCAGAGUUUUCUAAAGAUGAUGAAGAAGACCUUGAUCUGAUUUCAAAAGUGUUGAUAAAGGCAGCAGAUUUAUCAUCUGGGAUUGUUUCAUGGGAUGAAAGUUUUGAAUGGUCACAGAGAAUACUAUAUGAAUUUUAUGAUCAAGGUGAUGAAGAAAUACGAUUGGGUCUACCAGUUGGGGCUUUGUGUGAUAGAAAACGCCACAAUGAAGUUGCAAAGUCACAAUACACAUUCUUGAAACUUGUAGUGUCGCCGAUUUUUGAGGAGCUGGCAGCUUUGAAUCCAGGCAAGAUCAAGGGUAUUUGCAUAAAGCAACUCGAUGAGAAUGCCAAAAAAUGGCAAGAUAUCUCGGAGUCUGGUGAGGAGAUUCCGCUACUAAAUUUAGAAAGAGAACUGCAGUCUGGUACUAUAAACAUUGCGUGGGCAAUGCCGAAUAGAGAAUAG